AUGAUCUUGAAGCUGGUGGUGAUCGGCAUUGGCGCGUUGAGCACGUCCUCCAAGUCCUCCCUGGACUGGAAGCGAACCAGGAAAUCUUCCGCCAGGGACACUGUCGGCUUAUUUCCGCCAACGACGGCGACGAGCGCCAACGACGGCGACGAGCGCCAACGACGGCGCUGCCUCUGCGGCUGCGAUCUCAGCAGAACGGGGGAUUACGAUGAUCCCCGAAGACUGCUGGCGAGUGUCGUGGCCUGCCGCAGGUGCAGCCGACGAUGUGGUCCGGCCCUGGAUCUCCGGCGGCGCGGGCGCAGAAGAUGGUGGUGGCGAAGUGGAUGGCCUUGCGCAGGUUCUUGGGACCAAAGUCGCCCGCCCGGUGGAGCAGUUGUUGCCGGAGCCGGUGUCGGAGCUGGACGACGGAGCCCGUGGUGGCCGACGUGCACAGCGGCGGCCAGGCGCGACGCGCCGUGGCGAGCGGCCGCGCUUGCAUGUCCGUGCCCGGUGGCCGGUGCCACGACAGUUGAGGCAGCGCGACGGGCGCAGCACUGCGCAGCGACAUGGUCGGAGGCUAGGCAGUUGAAGCACAAAGCAACCAACCAUGGGGGAACAGGUCUCGGCCCGGCGGCGCGGCUUGCAGGACGACGGCGCCACCUGCGCCUGCUCUCGACGACGCGGAAGCCCUCAUCGUCGACAGGAGAGGCAAGACGAGGCGGGUGCAGGACGGGGUUGGCCGCGGAGCGUGGUGGCUGGCGCACGGGGUAUGCCUCAGACCGUGGCGCCUGCACCUGGCGCUGGAUGGGAGGGUCAUGGCGCGUCCGUCUCGCAUCUGCCAUGAAGCCCCCUGCGUGCCUGGCGCGGCGGCGACGAUGGCGAGGUGGAGGAGGCAUGGCCACCUCCUUGCCCUUCCCACUGAAAGGAGGCGACGUCAUGGAGGACUCGUCAUCGGAGUCGUCGGAGUCCGAAAACGAGAUCAUCUCCGGGUGGUGCCGAGAGGACGAGCCGAGGACUGGAGACGCGACGAGAGGGGGCGCGGGCGAGACCAGAGCCACCCAGGCGGUUGAGGGGCUGGCCUGA